AUGUCUCUCCUGAGCGGCGACCCCAACUUCCAGCGGCUCGACCAGUGGUACCGAGCCAAUGGCGGAAGUCUGAAGAUGAGAGACAUGUUCGCCACCGAACCGGACCGCUUCCGUCACUUCAGUGUGAAGGUGGAGACGGACGAUGGCGACCUUCUGCUGGACUACUCCAAGAAUCUCAUCACCCAGGAAGUCAUGUCCAUGCUCAUCGCCAUGGCGGAGUCCAGAGGGGUGAAAGAAGCCCGGGAGAAGAUGUUCAAAGGGGAGAAGAUCAACUUCACGGAGGACCGCGCCGUGCUGCACGUGGCCCUGCGCAACCGCUCCAACGACCCCAUCUUGGUGGACGGCAAAGACGUCAUGCCGGAAGUCAACCGCGUGCUGGAAAAGAUGAAAGUCUUCACGCAGAAAAUCCGCAGCGGGCAGUGGAAAGGUUUCUCGGGAAAAAGCAUCAGCCACGUGGUCAACAUCGGCAUCGGAGGUUCCGACCUGGGUCCGCUGAUGGUGACGGAGGCGUUGAAGGCGUACAGCCAGGGCGGCCCCGACGUCUGCUUCGUUUCCAACAUCGACGGGACGCACCUGGCCAAAACGCUGGCGCAACUGGACCCGGAAACCACGCUCUUCGUCAUUGCCUCCAAGACGUUCACAACGCAGGAGACCAUCACCAACGCCGAGUCCGCCCGGGAUUGGUUCCUACGCGCCGCCAAGGACAAAAGCGCCGUCGCCAAACACUUCGUGGCGCUCUCCACCAACGCCGUCAAAGUCCAAGAAUUCGGAAUCGACACGGCCAACAUGUUCGAGUUCUGGGACUGGGUCGGAGGUCGUUACUCGCUGUGGUCCGCCAUCGGGCUUUCCAUCGCGCUGCACAUCGGCUUCGACAACUUCGAGCGACUUUUGAGCGGCGCCCACUUUAUGGAUAAACACUUUGAGAGCGCUCCUCUGGCCCAAAACCUUCCGGCGCUGCUGGCUCUGCUGGGCGUGUGGUACGGCAACUUCUUCCAGGCCGAGACGCACGCCAUGCUGCCCUACGACCAGUACAUGCAUCGCUUCGCCGCCUACUUCCAGCAGGGGGACAUGGAGUCCAACGGGAAGUACGUGACCAAGGACGGAAGUCGCGUGGACUACCACACGGGGCCCAUCGUGUGGGGAGAGCCCGGAACCAACGGACAGCACGCCUUCUACCAGCUCAUACAUCAAGGCACCCGCAUGAUUCCCGCGGACUUCCUCAUUCCGGCGCAGUCGCAAAAUCCCAUCAGGAACAACCUGCACCACAAGAUCCUAUGCGCCAACUUCCUGGCUCAGACCGAAGCUCUGAUGAAAGGCAAAACCUCAGCGGAGGCUCGCCAGGAGCUUCAGGGCGCCGGCUUGUCGGGAGAAGCCCUGGACAAACUUCUUCCUCACAAGGUCUUUGAGGGGAACAAGCCCAGCAACUCCAUCGUCUUCAAGAAGCUGACACCCUUCAUGCUGGGAGCGCUCAUAGCCAUGUACGAGCACAAGAUCUUCGUGCAGGGUGUCAUCUGGGGUGUCAACAGCUACGACCAAUGGGGCGUGGAGCUGGGCAAGCAGCUAGCCAAGAAGAUCGAGCCGGAGCUGCGUGACGAAGUCCCCGCCGAGGUUUCCUCACACGACUCGUCCACCAACGGGCUCAUCAAUUUCCUCAAGACAAAUUUUGCCUAA